AUGGCGACGAUCAAAAUAAAUUCUCUGAACGGACCUCUGAAUGAAAUUGCAGCUAAUAGAACUCAUAAAUUAGCUGUCACACGAGAUUAUAUCACACAGCCGAGGUUGACUUACAGGACAGUGUCAGGUGUCAAUGGACCGUUGGUCAUUUUGGACAAUGUCAAGUUCCCCAAAUUUGCUGAAAUUGUCUGCUUGACUCUUGCUGAUGGAUCACAAAGGAGUGGGCAGGUCCUUGAGGUGAUGGGCUCGAAAGCCGUUGUCCAGGUAUUUGAAGGUACAUCAGGAAUUGAUGCGAAGCACACCAGGUGUGAAUUUACUGGAGACAUCUUAAGAAUGCCUGUCUCUGAGGAUAUGUCAGGUCGUAUCUUCAAUGGAUCAGGGAAACCAAUUGACAAUGGGCCAAAUGUUUUGGCUGAGGAUUAUCUGGACAUUCAAGGUCAGCCCAUUAACCCAUGGUCACGUAUCUACCCAGAAGAGAUGAUUGAGACGGGUAUUUCUGCUAUUGAUACCAUGAACAGUAUUGCCCGUGGGCAGAAGAUUCCUAUCUUCUCCGCUGCUGGUCUUCCACAUAAUGAGAUUGCAGCCCAGAUUUGCAGACAGGCUGGUCUAGUCAAGUUGCCAGGAAAGAGUGUGCUGGAUGACCACAAUGAUAACUUUGCCAUUGUUUUCGCUGCCAUGGGGGUUAACAUGGAGGCUGCUAGGUUUUUCAAGCAGGACUUUGAGGAAAAUGGUUCGAUGGAAAAUGUGUCUUUGUUCUUGAACUUGGCCAAUGAUCCAACAAUUGAGAGAAUCAUCACACCUCGUAUUGCCUUGACUACAGCCGAGUACCUGGCCUACCAGUGUGAGAAGCAUAUCCUAGUCAUCCUAACUGAUAUGAGCUCAUAUGCUGAAGCCCUGAGAGAGGUGUCAGCUGCUAGAGAAGAGGUGCCGGGUCGUCGUGGUUUCCCAGGUUACAUGUACACUGAUUUGGCUACUAUUUAUGAGCGAGCUGGUCGUGUCGAAGGUCGCAAUGGUUCCAUCACACAGAUUCCUAUUCUUACUAUGCCAAAUGACGACAUUACUCAUCCCAUUCCUGAUUUGACUGGUUACAUCACUGAGGGACAGAUGUAUGUGGACAGACAGUUGCACAACAGACAAAUCUAUCCACCCAUCAACGUGCUGCCUUCCUUGUCAAGAUUGAUGAAGUCUGCAAUUGGAGAAGGCAUGACAAGAGAGGAUCAUUCAGAUGUAUCUAAUCAGCUAUAUGCUUGUUAUGCCAUUGGCAAAGAUGUUCAAGCAAUGAAAGCUGUGGUCGGUGAGGAAGCCCUGACCCCUGAGGACUUGCUUUACCUUGAGUUCUUAACCAAGUUUGAGAAAAAUUUCAUCGCCCAAGGUCAUUAUGAGAAACGGACAAUCUUUGAGUCCUUGGACAUCGGGUGGCAGUUGCUGCGUAUAUUCCCCAAGGAAAUGUUGAAGCGUAUCCCACAGUCAAUUCUGAGUAAAUACUACCAGAGAGCAUCUACACAACCAGAUUCCAGGAAAGGGGCAUCCCAUGAAGCGACUUCUCUAUAG